AUGCCGGAAGGUUCCCUGCCUGUCCGGUAUUUGGGAGUCCGUCCAAUUACUAAAAGGCUCUCGGCUUUUGAUUGUGAGGUUUUAGUUGCCAAGAUCUCAGGGAAGAUUGACUCUUGGUUGGUGAGAAAUCUGUCUUUUGCUGGCUAUGCAAAAGCCAAGGCUAAGGUGGCUUGGGAAAAGCUGUGCUGUCCUAAGUCUGAGGUGGGGCUUAGGCUAAAGAGACUUGAAGAGUGGAAUUGUGCAGCUAUGUUGAAGCACAUUUGGAGUCUCUUUGCCCAAUCCGGUUCUAUUUGGGUUGCUUGGGUGGACUCUUAUUGGCUAAAGAGGAGGAGCUUGUGGAAUAUCUCCAUCCCCAAAGUUUGUUCUUUGAGCUGGAAAAAGUUGCUCAAUCUUAGGAAAUUGCUAAGAAGUUCAUUAGCUUUAAAGUGGGUGAGGGUACAUCUAUCUCUCUCUGGUUCGACCUCUGGCACCCAGCUGGUAGAUUUUCUGGAUACUUAUGGCUUUCGUAUUGUUUAUGCUAUUGGACGCAGUCUUGAUGCCCAACUUUCUUUUGUUAUCAAGAAUGGGAAAUGGUCAUGGCUGCCUGCUAGGUCGGAUGCCCUUGUGGAAAUUCAGAAUAGGCUGUUUGAUGUUUAUAUUGGGGAUAGGGAUAUUCCGGUUUGGAGUUCAAAAAAUUGGGUUUAUUCAUGCACUGAUACAUGGAAUUGUCUUAGGACAAAAUUUUCGGAGGUCCCUUGGUGUAAUGUUGUCUAG